AUGGCAUCGGCACUCAAGUAUGGAGCGAGCCAUGAUGCCGGCCAUGCCUCUCGGUCGUCCCCCUCUCAGCCGAGCCGUCCGUCGUUGGUCAAAGGCGCCUCCCUCCUCAUCCUGUUGCAGCUGAUAUCCCGCCUCGUCAGCUUUACAGCUAGUCAGCUCCUCCUGCGCUUCCUUACGCCGCGGCUCGUGGGCCUCUCUAGCCAACUCGAGGUGUAUUACUUGUCGGUUCUUUUCUUCGCCAGAGAGAGUCUCCGCGUUGCAAUCCAGCGCCAGGGUAGCAGCAACGCGGAAUCGUCCCCAAGCGACAACCAGGAGCAGCUGCUAAAGACAAGACGUCGCGACAGCCAGGCAGUCGUCAACUUGGGCUAUCUAGCCAUUGUACUCGGGCUGUUCGUCAGCACUGGCCUGGGAUGGAUGUACCUCGCCUACGCCAACGAGUCGGUUUUGGAAACGCCACAUCUCGUCUCCUCACUCCGUCUGUACGGCCUGGCCGCCAUGGUGGAACUGCUGUCCGAGCCGUGCUUCGUCCUCAUGCAAAGGCGCUUGCGGUUCGGCACCCGCGCCACGGCCGAGUCAGCCGCCACUCUCCUGCGCUGCCUGGCCGUGUUUGGAUCUACCGUGUUGGCGUCGCGGCGGGGCCUGGAUCUCGGCGUCCUCCCCUUUGCACUCGGCCAAGUCACCUACGGCGUGUCAUUGCUGCUGGUUUACCUCGUCUCUGGCUACCGUCUCGCGGCCUCGAUUGGCUUUACGCUGUUUCCGAGGGCCGUUGCGGCCGACGGCGGGUCCCGCGCAAACUACAUAUGGUCAUACUUUGACAGACGGACCAUGACGCUCGCCAGUAGAAUGAUGGUCCAAAGCAUCGUCAAGCACCUCCUCACACAGGGGGAUACCCUUCUCAUCUCUGCGCUCUCCACACCCGAAGUGCAGGGCGUGUACGCCAUGGCCAGCAACUACGGCGGGCUGUUGGCCCGGAUGCUUCUCCAGCCCGUGGAGGAGAGCAGUCGGAGCUACUUCUCGCGACUGCUGGUGGCUGCGUCUGCAGGAAAGGAAGCGCGCGACACCAAACCCACGGCGGCGGUUCAAGAGGCCAAGAAAAACCUGCAAACUCUUCUGAGGCUGUACACCCUCCUGUCGGCCGUGGCAGUAGGCCUCGGUCCGUCUGCCGCGCCGCCCCUGCUCUCCGUCGUCGCGGGGAGACGGUGGACAGACAAUGGCGCCGGAGACGUCUUGGGUUUCUACUGCUUCUACAUCCCCUUUUUGGCCCUCAACGGAAUCACCGAGUCGUUCAUCGCAUCCGUUGCCUCCGAGACCGAGGUCCAGCGGCAGUCGAUGUGGAUGGGGGCAUUUUCCGUCGCCUUUGCCGUCGCCGCAUUCGUCUGCAUGCGUGUCUUUCCCCUCGGCGCACAGGGUCUCGUACUCGCAAACAUUAUCAACAUGUCUUGUCGUGUGGUUUGGAGCUGGGCCUUCAUCAGAGCGUACUUUGGCCGGCACGGAUCAGACAUCACCAUCAGGAGCAUAGUGCCUGGCCGUAUGGCUGUCGUGACGCUGUCGACGUUGGUUGCCGCGCACUGGCUUCGCGCGCCGGAUGAGCCGGACACGAAUCCAGUCAUGACGCUCGCCAAAGUGGCGGGCCUGGCCGUGCCAUUCCUCCUGACAAUGGUACUUCUCCAGAGGGAUUUCCUGAUGGAGUGCUUUCGCGCCAUUCGGGAGCAGAAAAUAUCUUAA